CUCUUCUCCUUCUAGUUCUUCUUCUUCUUCGCCUUGCGCCUUCUCCAAGCUCUUGCCAUUGUCGAUCCUCGUUUGAUCCAUAGCCAGCCAAUUCCCUGAAGGAGGUAGAAGUUUAUUAAGAGUCAGUUAAGUUUGCAGCGAUGGCGAUCCCAGUGAUCGAUUUCUCCAAGCUGGAGGGUCCGGAGAGGGCCGAGACCAUGGCGGCCAUUGCCGCCGGGUUUGAGCACGUGGGGUUCUUCCAGCUGGUGAAUACCGGCAUCCCUGACGAGCUCCUGGAGAGGGUGAAGAAGGUGUGCAGCGACUGCUACAAGCUGCGGGAGCAGGGCUUCAAGGACUCCAACCCGGUGAAGGCCCUCGCGGAGCUUGUGGAGAAGGAAGGCGAGGGCCUCGCGCCGAGGAAGAUCGAGAGCAUGGACUGGGAGGACGUCUUCACCCUCCAGGACGACCUGCCAUGGCCUUCCAACCCUCCUGCCUUCAAGGAGACGAUGAUGGAGUACCGGAAGGAGCUGAAGAAGCUUGCGGAGAAGCUGUUGGGCGUGAUGGAGGAGCUGCUGGGGCCGGAGGAGGGGCACAUCAGGAAGGCCUUCACCGGCGACGGCGACUUCGAGCCCUUCUACGGCACCAAGGUCAGCCACUACCCGCCGUGCCCGCGGCCGGACCUCGUCGACGGCCUCCGCGCGCACACCGACGCCGGCGGCCUCAUCCUGCUGUUCCAGGACGACCGCGUCGGCGGCCUGCAGGUGCAGCUCCCCGACGGCCGCUGGGUCGACGUGCAGCCCCUCGAGAACGCCAUCGUCAUCAACACCGGCGACCAGAUCGAGGUUCUGAGCAACGGGCGGUACAAGAGCGCGUGGCACCGCAUCCUGGCGACCCGGGACGGCAACCGCCGCUCCGUCGCCUCCUUCUACAACCCGGCGCGCCUGGCGAGCAUCGCUCCGGCGACCCCCGCCGCCGGCGAGGGCGCCGCCGACUACCCGGGCUUCGUGUUCGGCGACUACAUGGAGGUGUACACCAAGCAGAAGUUCGGGCCCAAGGAGCCCAGGUUCGCGGCCAUGGCGACGGCGACCAAGAAGUGAGCAGCAGCUGCUGAGACACGCAUGCAUACAGCAGCAUGAUCUGAACCUGCUGGGAGCUUAAUUGCUCCGGAUUAAGCUAUUAAUUCUGGGAUUAUGGUACGGGCUUGUACGAUAAGUAGGUGGUUUAAGUGUGUAAUUUGACGCGCGUGUAGAACGGACGUGUCAUCGUCAGACAUGUGUGGUAGUGUGCCCUGCAGCCAGCAGUCACAAGAAUAUAGUAUAGCUAUUGUGACAGAUAAGCUUGUGGUGCGCUGUGGUCAACGAUUUGUAGCUUAAAAUGGCAUCUGUGAGGUUUCUUUUCCUUUUUUAUUUUUUUAUACUUUUCCUUUCAGUUUGGGUCCUCAGAAUGCUAAUGUGGUCAAAGUGGUUUGUAAUUGUAAAUUAUUGAGAAAAUAUAUGUUAAAUACAGUUUCAGUUUGCUUA